ACUGGAAAGAUGUAAUAAUCAGUAUCGCCCCUAUUUAAACUUUCAUUAAGACCUAUAUUCGUUCACUACCUGUUGUCAUUGUUGUCAACAAUCUGUCAAACAAAUCCAAUGACCUGCCUCAACUAAACCACAUAAUCAACCCCGCUGCACCAAGUUUACACCCCCUACACCAUUGUGUAACGUAAAACACACAGGUAGAGAACUCGAAGAUGUUUAAUUCUAUCGCCCAGUUUAAAACCGAAAACACCACAAUCUACCCCCAGGGAUUCAGUGCAGACGUUUUUAAUUGUUCAGGGGUUAUCCCCUCGUACCAGUGUUCGGCGUGCUCUUAUAGAACUUAUUUGUUAACUCAUUACAAAAACCACACACUGCAAGACCCCUUCGAACAAAACUACAAGUGUGACAAGUGCGACUUCUAUACCUACUCGCGGUACUUACUCUUGCGCCAUAUUUUAUUCCAAUGUAGUACUAAAAACAGCGAAAUUUUAAAACAGCACCAAUGUGAUGUUUGUGCCUACACCACUCAAAACAAAAGCGCCUUAAUCGUGCACAUAAUGGAAACUCAUGAUAGUGUGACUAGCGUACAACAGGCGCAACGCGUCCAUAGAAUGGGUGCAGAGGUUCAAUUGUGGUUCAAACAUAUUCCGGACGAAGAGGUUUGGCUUCAAUGUGACUAUUGCGGGAGCAAGUUUAAAACGAAAAAACUGUUGCGGCAGCACGUCGAACUAAUGCACGACGGAAGUGAAAAUAUCCCGUGGUUUCGGUGCGAACAAUGCAGCUAUAAAACUCUGCACAAAUUUAGCUUGAAGCUACACAUUUUAGUAAAACAUACAUCGGAAGCGGAAAUUGAGUGGAUGAAGUGCGAGUUUUGUCCAGCGAAAUUUAAAACGAAAAGAUAUUUAGAAAAGCACGUCGGUUUCAAACAUGUAGAUUGUCAAGAGAUCUUCAAAUGUAUGCACUGUGAGUAUAAAACUAAACAAAAACAAAACUUAGAACAACAUAUUGUUGUUAAACACGCACCUGAUGAUAGUAUAGUUUGGCUUAAUUGUGAGUACUGUUCGGCGAAAUUCAAACAUAAAAUAUACCUUCGCAACCACUUAAGAGCGCGACACACACCCGACGACAGUAUAGACUGGGCUUUUUGUCAAUAUUGUUCAGCGCAACUGAAAAAGAAAAACCUUAGUAAUCACAUAAAAGUGUUGCAUGGUGAUCCUGAAAAAACUUUAUGGUUCCUGUGUGAUUUUUGCGAAUAUAAAACGCGUUGGAAGAGGAAUUUGAACCAACACGUUAAGGUGAAACAUUCAGCUGAUGAUAAAGUUUCCUGGUUUCAAUGCAAAUAUUGCCCGUCAAAAUUUAAAUUUACCAUUCAUUUGCAGAAGCAUUUGAGAAAACUGCAUAACAAGCGGUGUGUGGUGGCUUGUAGUCAAUGUUCUUUUAAAACAGACGAUAAUUCUAAACUCAGGGAUCAUGUUUUGAUGAAACAUACGCCAAAUAACCAAAUUAAUUGGUUUAAGUGUGAGCAGUGCCCGAGGAAGUAUAAGAUAAAAAACGCGUUGAAUAAGCAUAUGAGGGCGAAACACAACGUGGGUGUGGAAAAGGUGGUUGUGAAGGAAGAGAUGGUAGUGAAGGAAGAAGUGGUGAAUGAAGAGGUUGAGGUGAAAGAAGAGGUGGUGGAAGAGGUAAAAGUGUAGAUAGAUGAGGAGGAAAACCGCAAGACGCAGCAGGGUUGGGUGAAAGUCUUGACUAUGUCUUUGAUUACUGUAGUAAUUUAUUGGGUUGUAUAAAUUAAUUCCACCAUAA